UAUAAAUUCUGCAUUUAAGGCUGCAGAGCAAUUUAAAAUAAAGCCAGGAAAAGGAAAGCAAUUAGCGCAUCAGAAAAAUGGCGAACUUAUCGGAAAAGUCAAAAAUCACGAACACAUUUCGGUUUAAAUCAUUUUCUGAUCGUGUCAAUGAAAUCGAUUUGAGGCGUUUGGCGCUCUAUCACAUUGGUCACAAAUACGAGGAGCUUGACGAGGCAGACAACCAGACUUACUUCUAUCAAACCUUACAAAAAUGGACGGUGUUGAACUUAACAGAAGAAUACAACUAUUUCAGCAAGCGAUGCCGGAAAAUAGUCACAUUGCCACAGCUGCUACAUCAAAAGGACUUUGUUGUCGAUCUAUUGCUGGAACGUCUGGCCACGGCGACGAAUCUCUCCCAGCAACCAUUGCUGGAGCUGCUCUAUGUUCUCGCACGUGAUCUGCGUGAGGAAUUUUACCCUUAUUUUCAACGCGUGCUCGAUCGCCUGAUUUGUCUACUAAACACACAGGACGCCGAGCAGCUAGAAUGGACGCUCAUAUGUCUGGCCCAUCUGUUUAAAACGCUGAAGCCGUUUCUAAAACGUAACAUUGGCGUUGUGUUUAAUGCUAUUCUUCCGCUGCUGGAUGAGCAGCAUUACGCCGAACAUGUUACCAAUUUUGCUGUAGAAUGUUUUGCAUAUAUAGCGCGAGAUGUACGCGACUUUCCGCGCUUUCUUACCUACGUAUUGAAAACGGUGUUGCGCGAACAAGUUGAAAGCGUUCAUGGCUGUGGGCGAUUGCUCUUUGAAAUUCUACGCGGCGUUAACGGUCAAUUACACACCUGUGCGGCCGAUUUGCUUGCACAUGUGCUGGAUGUGCUAGUGAAUGUAGAUGGCAAGCACACGCCCGUACAGGCAACUUUGCUCACGGACAUUUUAGAACAUAGCUUGGGUUUGUUGCUCAACUUUUUGCUCCCGGAUCAGAGCCCCGUACUGUGGCAGCAAAUGUGCAAGGCAGUGGCCAAACCAGACAUAGAUGUGGAGGCCACAGCGCACUUGUUGCACAUAAUGCAGCCACUGAUAACCCAUAAGAAUGGACGGUAUGUGGCGGAACUGGGAUUGCUGGUGCCCACAGUUUUGGAACUGAUCGAACGACAUAGGGCGCACGUGCUGAUUUUGCAGAAAGUGAGCCUAUUGGUCAGCGGAUUAUUGCAGGCACGCCAUGCUCAGCUAAGCCAACUAGAUGCGAAUCGUUUGCUACAGAAAUUCCUGAAUGUGAGCAAGCCUCUUCGUUCGGUGUAUGAGGAGUUUGUGCUACAAAUGCUGGACUACCAACAAUUCGAGCUGCUGUUACUGGACCAUGUUAUAGCCUAUUAUGAGCAACAUCUGGAUAACGUUGGUUUAGAGCUGCUGGCGCGCAUAGUGCAGCACAAGCGACCGCUUUAUUUGGAUAACAUCACACUGGGCAGUUGGCAGGCGUAUCCCCUGCAACUUAAGCAAGCAAAGACCAUUGACUUCGUGUUGCAACAAUUGCAGAAAAUUGAUUUGUCCAAUGAGGAUCACCUUCUGCUGCUAAUGGUUGUACCCCACAUGCGUGGUUUCGAUAAAGGUCCACUGGAGAGCAGCUUGCAAACGGCAGUGGAGGCGCAAAUAGCUGCCACGAGCAUAGACUUUAAGCUAUUGCUUUUACUGCUACAAACACACGCAGUACUAAAAUUCAAACUGCCCAAAGAAUUUCGGUAUAAGUUGCAGCAAUCGCUUCUCCCUUCUUUGAAGAAUAACAUUCAAGCAUUAGCUUGCUUACAGCUGUUGCUAAUAGAAACGUCGAAACAGGAGCGAAUGAAUCAGUCCACUGACAUAACGACUGCUGUCGCCAUGCUGCUGGGUAAACCCCAAGCCGAGUUUCGACGCAUAGCCGCACACUGCCUAGAAUUGAUGGGACGUAAACUUAAUCCAUAUUCGUACUUCUAUGCGGCAUGCUGUAUCACGCCCACUGUACAGAAUUAUCGUGACCUUCUGCUACAAUUACAGCAUUUGGAACCGACAUCCGCCCAGUUCAAGCAGUACUCAGAGUUGCCAAAUUACAAGGAACACGUAGUUAGCCUCCUUCUUGGAUUGCUAUAUAAUAAUUUUAAAUUUGUGUGGGAGCCGGUCCAACAGCUUCUGUCGGCUUAUACUAAGGUAAUGACAACGGAUGAAUUCUGGACAUUAUACAAAUCCAAACUACUCGAAGCAGUGGAAAGUAUUCAUUAUGGAACAGCAAAGAAAGCACAGGAAGAACAGCUAGAGAAGGUCUAUAAAUCGCAGGCUCUGAAUUCUCUUCUGCCUGUGGAGGAGGCACAUCAGCCUUUGAAACAGCAAGAGUUAUUAAACUAUCGCCAACUUCUGUGGCAAUGUAUACCCAAAUUAGGCAGUCUGGCGGAGUUAAAGAACGCAGAUCUCGUGCGUUUGUUCCUGCAAUUUGUCGAGCAAGAAUAUCGCCCACAGUUGGAGCGCACCGAGCACACUUGGAACGUCAAUGAAUCUGAAGAUGUUGACGUCGACGAUGAGGAUGAUCAGGCACAGGAAGCAGUAGAAGGCGAUCAACAGCAGGAGCAAAGCUCUAAAAGCAACGCGGCAAUACGACGCAAACGAAAAGCUCAAAAUGCCUACAUCAAAUUUGUGUUGCAGACAUUACAACUAAAGUUAAUGUGCUUUGUCAAACAGCCCAAUCCCAAGGCGUUGCAUCGUCAAACCGAGAUGCAUGAGUUUUAUCUGGAGCUGCUGGCCAGUCCCAAUGCCCAGCUGCAGAAGCUGGCAUUAGAUUGUCUAGUUGCUUAUAAACAGCCAUCAGCGAUAGUGCAAUACAAGGAACAACUUGGAUCUCUUAUAGAUGAGACCAAAUUCAAGGUGACACUAAGCAGCUUUGAAUUGGAAAGUGUGGCGGCACAACAACGUGAUGAAUUAAUGCCUUACAUGCUACGCGUACUAUAUGGAAAGAUGUUGGCCAAGGGCGUGCAGCGCCAGAUGAAUGCCCAGCAACGCAAGACGCUUAUACUUCGUUUCCUUGGCCAGCUGGAAGAGUCUGAAAUUAUCUCAUUUCUGAAAAUGGCUUUCGAACGCUUCACACACUACACGGACCUGCCUGUCGAUCAGCUGCUGCCAUAUGUGCGAUCGCAGUACACGCCCACGGCUGUCAUUUCCGCUCGCCAACUGCAACGCGUUGUCAAUCUUUUGGAGCUUAUACGCAAGGAAUUCGCGGGACGUUUAAGCGAAAACUUCCAUGUCUAUGUGCUAAAACUUCUGUUGCUAGUGGCUGGCGUGUGCCAACAAGUGCAAGGAGCUACCGACGCCGGCAAGUUAACAACAGCCUACAAAAAUGUGAAGCAUGUGGCGUUGCAAACGCUUUUCAACUAUUUCUCACAGCUGCUGGACAUGGAGCAGCUGUGGACGUCAGAGCGUAUGCAGGCCAUUUGCGAGGUGUAUGUGUGGCCAGGUUUGACACGGUUACCUCAAGAUUCUAUACACACACCCACGCCAUUGCUUAAGCUUCUGCUCCUAUGGGGAGGCGAACCACGCUACCAGGUGUGGCUGCAGGAGCGCCCAACACCUGAGACGCCAACCAUUAUGCACCAUCUGAUGUCCUUGCUACUUAACGAUAAGGCCAAGCCGGCCGUGCGUCGUCCACUGAUGCAACUGGUGGAGCAGCUGUUGGAAUGCGCCGCCACAGAAGAGUACGGGCCGCAGGCAUUGGGCAUCUUGCAACCACAUAUUCCGGACAUAUUGCAGAGGCUGCAGAGCAAUUGGAGCCAGCAACGUGCCGGAAAACAGUCAUUGGAUAAACGUGAGCUCAACGUUCUAGCACUGCUCACGACGCACGUCCACGAGCCGUCCACCUGUGAUCUGCUGCUUCAGCUACUCCUGCCUAUUUUCACCAAACAGGCGGCUAUUGCAACUACCAACCCCGAAGUGGUUACACAACUUAUUACUACACUCGCCAAUCUGUUAAAACGUGUCGCAUCGCCGCAAAACUACAUGCGUCAGCUUGCGCCGCUAUUCGAGCUGGUCCACGUGUUACCUGCUCGCAAGCUGCUCUGCGAGGUGCUUGCCGAUGUGGCCAAACGCUUUCACAAGGCUGCGAAAAUGGAUGCCGCAGUUACGCCGCAUGCAGAGGCUGUGCGCGAAAACGCAAGGAUUAUACUGCUGCUAAAUGCCUGGGACAAGCGUUGGCUAGAACAGCCCGACUACGAUAGAAGAUUGCAAGCGCUCAGCGAACUCAAACAGAUGGUGGCAACCGAUACGAAUACAUUCGAUUUAGAGCUGGGAGUAUUGAUCAUUUACAAUUGCUUCUACAUGCUGCGGCACGAUUCGGACCUAGGCCUGCGCGUUAAUAUAGGUGAGCUGCUGAAGCUGCUCCUGCCACAUCUUAUACAGCAGCAAGGAGAUAGCAAGGAGCAGUUAAACUUUCUCUUGGAUGUGGUGCUCUUUCCGCUGCUACAACGCUGCAUACGCGAUGAGCGUCACGAAAAUGCUCGCAGCGAAGCUAUCGGGCUGCUUGGCGAAUUGGCACGUCAGUGUGGUACGGCCCACGAGAUUUUGCGGGAUCUGGCCCCAUUGGCUGAUAAACAAGAUCCUGAGGUGGAUUUUUUCGAAAAUAUGUUACAUUUGCAAACACAACGUCAUGGACGGGCACUGCAACGUGUCUGCAAUAUUUCGGGAGGAAUCUGGCGAAAGGGUCCACCCUGUGCCCGGACUUUAACGCAGUUCCUGCUACCGCUGACAACACGCUACCUUCUGACCGAUAAGCACACGGGAAAGCAUACACUUGUCGAUGCGGCAAUCGAAACAGUUGGCGUGAUUUGCGAGCUGCUACCUUGGCAGCACUACCACAUUGUGCUCCGGCACUAUCUCCAGAAACUGCGACACGCCCAGGAGCACCAGAAACAAUGUGUACGCAUUGUGGUGCGGGUUCUAGACGCGUUUCACUUUGAUCUGACUCAGAUACCAACUGAAGCGAUUGCUCUUGGUCAGCUUAAACCAUCCUUGCCGCAACCAGGAGCAAAGCAUGAAAAGGAUCCGGAAGGGACAGAAGAGAAAGCCAAAGUGGAACAACCUUCCACUAACGACGAUAUACCCGCAAAAGAAGAGGAGGCAAUAGAUGAGGGAAACGAUAUUGAUUUUGAAGCGGAGGGUGAAGAGGCGGUCCAUGACGAGCCGCCAAUUCAGCAACAACAAAAAAUGACACCCAAUGCAGCCAGGCGAGUGAUGUGCACAAUCACCAGCGUCCUCCUCCCCACUCUUAACCAUGCCAUUACCGAGAAGACGAACUAUGACAGCAAACACAAAGUUAAUCGUCGACGGCUGAGCCACGAGCGCGAGGAAGAGGAAAUACAGCGUGUACCCAUUGCCCUGGCCAUGGUCAAAUUGCUUCAAAAACUGCCCAAGGAGCUGCUGGAAAAUUCUUUGCCAGGUAUUUUCAUGAAGGUGUGCACUUUCCUGCGGUCACCACUGAAAUCCGUGCGGAUGCUCACACGCGACAUACUAAAAAAGAUGAUGGUUACACUGGGCGGAAAUUAUCUAUCACAGCUAAUUGAACAGUUGCAGUCGCUACUCACACGUGGCUUUCAGGUCCAUGUAUUGUCGGUGACAUUGCACGGCGUGCUCGAUGCAUUGCGAGAUCAAUUGGAGCCGGCGCAUAUAGAAAACUGCCUACAGAAUCUGUUAGAGAUAGCACUCAACGAUAUCUUUGGGGAUGUAAGUGCCGAAAAGGAAGUGGACAAGAUUGUGGCGCACACGCCCGAAGCCAAACCGAGCGCCAAAAGCUUUCUAACGCUACUAAUUGUGGCGCGCCACAUACGGGAUAAUUGCCUGUUAGAUCUGUUGCUGCCAUUCAAGGAGCAUUUGGCGCGCACCCAUUCCCGCAAGGUGACGCAGAAGAUUCAGGAUUGCUUUGCCAAAAUUGUAGCCGGGCUUGUGGAGAACGUGCACAUUGCUCGCGAGAGUCUGCUGAUUUUCAUUUACGGCACAGUAUCGGAGAGCAUAACAGAUCUGUUGCCGAACACACAGAGGCGUGUUCUCAGUGAAAAGGAGCAGGCGCUAAUGAAGCGCGCCCGACCUGACUGUCUAAUAUUGCCGCCCACGCCAGGCAGGCGGUCCGUAGCUGGCAACAAACAAGUCAAGUCUAAUGCUAGAGCUAAUGCGCACAUACUGAUAGAAUUCGGUUUGGAACUUUUACAUUUUGUGCUCAAGCGCAAGAAGCUAGCAGACCUCGACUAUCAGCCAUUUCUACAGCCAUUGCUACCGCUGCUGCGUGACGCGCUAGGAAGCACUCAUGCCAGGACCACGACUUACGCCCUAAAGUGCUACACGGCUUUGUGGUUGGGAGAGUAUGAUAUACCCGUCCUAAAUGCAGACACGGAGCAGCUGAAACCAGUGGUGGCGCGCAUGUUCCAGAUAUUGAAAAACUUCUCCACCUUUGGCGCCACACGCCAAGAAGAGAAUGCCCAACUAGUGCGGUCCAGCUUCAAGGCAGUGGUCGCUGUGCUCCGCAAAUGCAAUGGAUACAAUCCGAGCGAGGAGCAGAUCGAACAAUUGCUACUUCAUAUCGAGCAGGAACUGCAGGAGGAAUGCAGUAGCCAGACUAUGUGCUUCACCCUUCUGCGUGCGUUGGUGGGUCGUAAAGUCGACUCGCGUUCUCUACAUGAUCUGAUGAAGCACUUGGGCAAUCUUUCCAUUAUCUCUCAAUCCGAACAUGUGCGCGAGGAGUCCCGCGACAUUCUCAUUUCCUACAUUAUGGAGUAUACAUUGCACAAGCGCGUUGAACAGUACGUUAAGUUUAUGUCUGUUCAAUUGUGCUAUUCUCAGCCCUUUGGCCGCCAAUCGGCCAUCAAGUUCAUCCAUGCCAUCAUCAACCGAUUUCCACAGAAGGUGCUUUUCAGACAGUCAGAGUUCCUUUAUUUGUCCAUGGGUACUCGUCUUGUCAAUGAUGAGGAUGCGAGCUGUCGUCGCUCAAUUGCCGCCGCUUUAGAGGCGCUUCUCAGUCGCCUCAACAAGGUGGAGCGCCAACCUCUGCUCGACCUGACAAUGCUAUUUUUUACAUCGCCACAAUCGCGCCAAAAACCUGGAGUGCGUGAGAUGGCGGCCGCACUCCUGUCCCGCUUUGUGCAGGCGGAACGCACAGGAUUUGCCGAACGACUGCCAGAUGUUCUACCCACGCUGGUAGGCGUGAUGACUGUGGGCGACUCUGAUGCGGUAGGCAGAUUUGUGCGCGCCCCAGGACAUGAGCAGCUGGAGUUGGAGGAUACGCCUUUGAAACCGAAGCGAAAGCGAAGCAAGAAACUAUUGAAGCCAUGGGAUAGUAUGCUAGGUGAGGAUCUACUGACGGGCGGCCUAGAUGUGGAUGCGCAUGUGGAGCAGCAGCAGCGCAGCGAAGAUCAUCAGCUCAUACAAUUGCAGUACUGUUUACUCAAGAUCUUUGAGCAUUGUGGCGAGGCAUUGUUAAAGGAGGAGCAGUUGGCGCAUACUGUGGAUGAGCUCGCCUAUAGCUGUCAGCGGCUAUUGGGGCACGAGCAUAAUUGGGUGCGUUGUAAUGCAGCCAAGCUGCUGACGCACAUCCUGGCCUACUAUGAUUAUGCCUAUGUGGGACAAAGUCUAGUCGGAGUGAAAAAAGAGCAGGAAGAAUCCAAAGCUUUAGAGUUUAUUUAUGCCCGGCCCGCGCAAGACAUUAAGUCAUUGGUUCUGGAUCUGUGCGCACAGGUCAGACCGGGGGACACCGCGCAGGAAAUUAUUGAUGAGCUUGUCAAAAUUUUCCUUUACAUUGGACAUAUGCUCAGGGAUGUGCCGUUUAGCGUCAAGCAGGAGCCAGAUUCUACGCAAUUCGAGGAUCAACCGGCUGCCGCAAAAAUCAAUCUAAAUUGGUUGGUGCGUAACAUACGAUUUAUGAUCAACAAGGAAAUGGCCAAGGCACCACAUGAUACCACCAUACGCACAGCUCUAUUCACUCUCAUAGAGGGUCUCAUCACUCUUCUGAGCACUGAAUCAGUCGCACGUUUAGCUCCAGCCCUACUCCAGACUUUGGUGCGUGAAAUGUCCGAGGAUGAUCAUAACAUCGAUGCAGAGCUGCGACAGAAAGCGUUGCAUGUGGGCAGCCGUCUCCGCAAGCGCAUUGGCGCCGAAGUCUACGAUAAAUUGCGCAAUGCAGUCCAAACGAAGCUAAUGGUGCGUCGUGCCGAGCGUCGCAAGGCUGUGGCCCAGGAGAAGAUACAAGACCCGCUACGUGCUGCCAAACGUAAGGCUGGCGCCCAGGAGCGCAAGAAGACUGCGAAACGCUUAAAGACGGCAGUUAUGCGCGGUAAAGUAGCAGAUACUAAAAAUAAGUUCAAGAAACGCAAACGAAAAGCUGAAAUGGAAGUGUUUUAA